CAAAUAUAUCACAUGAAUAGUUUUUUCUCUCCCGCAGAAAACUCUGUAACUGUUUGUUGGACAAAUAAAGUUUUUUCAAACCACGUGAUCAACACUGUCAUGGCUGCGCCCUCGUGUCAUGCGUGGUUGUCAUCAUUUGUAACAAUAUUUUGACAUAGAAAAACAACACAGGCAGUCAAUGUAGUACUUUGUGUUCAUUGCUUUUACUUAUAGUUGUAGUAUUGUUGUUUACGGCUUACCAAGCCAAUCGGGUCUGACGUUUUUACGGGUAUUUAGUACAUAGUUGGAGUUCACCUAGCUGCGAGCUAACUUCACACAUACCGCUACGCGUUUAACUGCUCCGUCUGACGGAGGCAAUUCAACGUAUUGGCGUGACUCGGUACAUAUUUGUAGGAAAAUGAAGAUAAUGAAGAUGAAGCCCAGAUACAAGCGCAUGUCCUCCGGGCUGAUAAAACCAGCCAAACGGAGCAUCCAUAUGAAAGGCAAAUGGAAAGCGUUAGAGCUCGAUCCCAGUAUCUUCUCCGAGGAGGGACUGGAGGGUCUGGUGUGUUUUGAAGAGCUGACAGAUUACCGGUUGGUAGACUCUGAGAAGGCUGCAGCUGAAGCAGCAAAUGAAUUCAAAAAGGAGAAGAAGAAGAAGAAGAAAACGAAGAAGAGAAAAGCCUGCGAGGGAGAGAAGGCUGGAGAGAAGGUAGCUGUGGAGAGCAAAGAGGGAGAGAAAACAGCUGAACCAGUUCAGAAGAAAGCCAAAAAGAGGAAAAAUCAGAAAGUGGUUGCACAGGAAUCGGACCAGCCAGAUAACACUGCUGAAGAAGUGAUGGAGAAGGAUGUAGCUGCAGGUGAGGAGGGAGGAGAAGAGGCAAGGCCUGUAGAAGACGCCUGUAAAGAUACAGCAAUCAGUUCAGAACCUGAUGCCCCAAAACUCACAAAGAAGAGUAACAAAAAGAAGAAAAAGAAACCGAAGCGGCCGAUAAGAAAAGAUAAAAACCAGGACUCAGAACUUCAGGGUCUGGAAAUAGAAAAAUCCACUCAAGAUAAAGUCACAAAGCUUCCCAAAAUCAAAAAGCAGAUCAAGAAUUGGACAAAUGCGGCACAAUCUGGCCCCAAUGACAAAAAAGCAGAUGUGAGUGCCUGGAAGGACCUGUUUGUCCCCUCCCUUGUGCUAAAGGCACUGAGCAGUCUUGGAUUUAGCUCACCGAGUCCCAUACAAGCCCUGACUUUGCCUCCAGCUAUCAGGGAUCGUAUGGAUAUACUGGGGGCGGCUGAGACAGGAAGUGGGAAGACACUGGCUUUUGGUAUUCCCAUGAUCCACGCCAUCUUGGAGUGGAAGAAAAGUCCAGAAAAGCCAACUGACGACAACACCGAAUCAACCGCAAAGGUGGAGAGUUUGUAUUUGCCAGCUGUAGAUGAGACCGGGAUAGAAGACGACGACGAGGAGGACAACGUGGACGCCGAGGGAGAAGAGGGUGAAGGCGUCACAGAGCAGGAUGAAGGUGACACAGACGAACAUGACAGCGAAGACGACGGUGAAGAAAAAGAUGACGACGAGAGGCUCGGGUGUGUUAAAGUAAUCGAAAAUGCAGAGUUUGACUUUGAGCCCACCGCUGAAGCAGAAGAAGAACCUGCCGGUGGCGGCAGUCAGCCUCUGCUUGGACUGGUGCUCACUCCCACCAGGGAGCUGGCUGUUCAGGUCAAGCACCACAUUGAUGCUGUCGCCAAAUUUACAGACAUCAAAACGGCAAUAUUGGUGGGUGGAAUGGCGCAACAGAAACAGCGAAGGAUGCUAAAGCGAAGACCAGAAAUCGUUAUUGCCACUCCAGGACGUCUGUGGGACUUGAUCCAGGAGGGGCAUCCACAUCUGCAGAAUUUGAGACGGCUCAGGUGCCUGGUCAUUGAUGAAGCAGAUCGCAUGGUAGAGAGAGGCCACUUUGCGGAGCUGGAGAGUCUGCUGGAGAUGCUGAACACCGUUCACUUUAAUCCCAAGAGGCAGACUUUUGUGUUCUCUGCCACGCUGACCAUGGAUCGCAGCCUGCCCACCCGCGUUCUGCAGAAGAAGAAGAAGAAGAAUCUGGACCAGAGGAGCAAGCUGGAAGCUCUCAUGGUCAAAGUGGGGAUCAGGUCCAAACCCAAAAUCGUUGACCUGACCCGGAAGGAGGCAACUGUGGAGACCCUGACUGAGACCCGAAUCCAUUGUCAGAAGGAAGAGAAGGACUUCUACCUUUAUUACUUCCUGCUCCAGUAUCCUGGCCGCACCAUGGUAUUUGCCAACAGUAUAGACUGUAUCAAGAGACUGAACUCUCUGCUGGUUAUCUUGGACUGUACUCCAUUGCCCCUUCAUGCCAACAUGCACCAGAAGCAACGCCUCAAAAACCUGGAAAGGUUUGCAGAGAGGGAGAGUUGUGUUCUGCUGACUACUGAUGUGGCAGCUAGAGGACUGGAUAUCCCGAAUGUUGAGCAUGUCAUUCACUACCAGGUUCCCAGGACGUCUGAGACUUACGUCCAUCGCAGUGGCAGAACAGCGAGAGCCACCAAAGAGGGUCUGAGUUUGCUGCUGAUCGGCCCCGACGACGUGAUGAACUUCAAAAAGAUCUACAAGGCUCUGGGGAAGGACGAGGAGCUUCCCAUGUUCCCCAUAGAGGGCAAAUGCAUGGAAGCCAUCAAGGAGCGGGUGAACUUGGCCAGACAGAUCGAGAAGAUUGAGUUCCACAACAGCAAGGAGAAGCAGCACAACUCCUGGUUCAGACAGGCAGCAGAGGCCAUGGAGGUGGACCUGGAUGAUGAUCUUUUAAUUGGUGAGACCAACAUAACACAACAUGUUCGCACACCAGGUUCCCUUUAUUUAAAAAUGUUAAAAUACAGACAACUGAAUAUACCAUUUAUGUCCACAGGCAGGGGAAAGGAUGAAGAUGAUGACAGAGAGCAGCAGAGGGCGGUAAAGGGGAUGAAGAAGCAUCUGAAGCAUCUGAUCUCCCAGCCGGUAUUCAACAAUGGGAUUAGGACCAAGUACCCCACUCAAAUGGGAAAGCUGUCCGUUCCUCACAUGCCUGUACCCGGGAGGGGGAAUGCCCUCACCAGGGUUUCAUUACAGGAGAAGAAACAACAGAAGUUAAAGAAAGGUGUUGCACAACAGCAGAAGAAAGAGCAGCAGUGAAAUGUGAAAGGAAUGUGUGUGUUUAGAGAGGCCAUAUUUGACGCGGUUUAUGUAAUUGUUGAUUUAUGUAAAUGUUAAUUCGUUUAAAUACUUAGUGCACAAUGUGCAAAACAAAAUGUAUUUCCAAAUGUUGUUGAAUCGCUGUACACUGCAAGACUUUAUAAAAAUCUGUUUUCAUAAGUGUCUUAAAGCCCAGGAAGGAUUUUUAUUCCACCAAAGUCAAUAUUCCUGAGUUGAGCCGAGUCCUCGUGGGUCUCUGGUCAGUGUUGAGGUCGCGGGUAAAGAAUGUUAUAGUGUGACGUUUGGUAGAGGAGGUGCAGGGAGGGUUCGGCACCUUCUGGAAUGACGUGGUGAGCCAACUGCUGUUCAUCGCCCUCCAUAGAGACGAUGUGGAUGCCAAUAUCCAGGGCCUGUGACAGAGCUAAGAUGUCCACGUGAUCACACUCCAUCGCCAUGGUCUCCACCUCCUGAAUGAAGAGAGCGAAGACGUUACCAAACCUGACCGUUAUAUCUCCUUGAUUAAAGCCUCGGAUCUACUAUUUGUUUUCACUAGAUGGCAGCGGCACUUUGUUACAAACUUGGUGACAGUAGACUAGUAGAUUUGGGGCCUCCACAAAGUUGCAGAAGAACUCCGCCUGGUUUUGCAGGUGCGCUGAAGUGAGCAGCCGGAGGUACUGCACCACGCUGUCGGACGUCAUCUGCUCAUUGAAGAGCCUGAGCAGCGUGUCUUCCUGCUCAUCAGCCUGGCACUGCUCCACUACGUUAACAACCUGCAAGAGAACGAGGUAUUCACACACAUUGGGUUAACCUAGUUCUACAAGUGUGCCUCCAAUACUUUGAUUUUAUUUCCCUGAGAUCCAUUAGCAGUUCCAAUGAUGAACUGAUGGAUGAGUAUCCAAAGAACUUCACGAUGUCAACAAGUACAAUUGGUUUUGACUUGCAAUACUUUUACCAAAUUAGUCAUGACGUGUAUAACGGAGAACCUUCAUAGGUGAGGUGACAUGUUGCCAGAAGAUGGCUUGUGAAUGGAAUUUAGUUCUGCAGCUGACUCGGGUGUCAGAGAAUGACGCCACCAUAAAAACAUUCGAAGUGCCCAAACUAGUAAUCUGAUUGUAUUAUUGCUUCUGUGAUUUCUGAAUGGUUCGUUCCCAACAAUAAAUUCCCCUUGUUGCUCGCUUGAAUGAAGACUUCUUUUCUUUUCCACGCGUAUUAAAACUUGGGCUUUCCUAACCUUAUACAUCAUGGUAAGUCUGUAAAAAUAAAUGCAUUAUUUACUGUGUUCAGGUGGUGCUUGAAGGACCUCUCAUCAAAUCCCGCAGAAGACAAGU